AUGGCGGGAACAUGUGCCGCACAUGUGCUUGGCCUAGUCAACAAUUUUCAUAAUUCAAAAUGCAGCGGUGGUGGAUAUGGCCAGGAUUGUAAACAGAGAUGUGGAGCGUGUCUAGGGUAUAAACAAUGUCACCAAAUCAAUGGAUCCUGUCUUGAAGGAUGUGAUGCAGGAUUUAUAGGAUUGCUUUGUAAAAUGGGUUGUUCUCUUGGAAAAUUUGGCGUCAACUGUAAUGAAAAUUGUAAUGGGAACUGUGGUGUACCAUUUAGAUGUAACAGAACGACAGGAGAAUGUGAGGGAGGAUGUCAACCAGGUUGGGAGGGACCUCGAUGCGAAGAAGAAUGCAGCAGAGGAUAUGGACAGAAUUGUGAACAGACCUGUGGAGCUUGUCUGGGAUAUGAACAAUGUCGCCACAUCAAUGGGUCGUGUCUUGAAGGAUGUGAUGCAGGAUUUGAAGGAUUUUUUUGUAAAACGGGUUGUUCUCUUGGAAAAUUUGGCAUCAACUGUAAUGAAAAUUGUAAUGGGAACUGUGGUGUACCAUUUAGAUGUAACAGAACGACAGGAGAAUGUGAGGGAGGAUGUCAACCAGGUUGGGAGGGACCUCGAUGCGAAGAAGUUUGUAAGGAAAAUAAGUACGGUGAAAACUGCUCUAAUUCGUGUGGAUUCUGUCAGGACUCAAACUGCCACUAUGUAAAUGGUUCUUGUCCUGGAAUAUGUUCGGAUGGAUAUAUAGGAAUAUUAUGCAAUGAAAUGUGUAAGGCAGGAUUUUAUGGAGAGAAUUGCAAAAAAGAAUGCAGCAUUUUCUGCAAGUCAUCACGUGACUGCAACCACGUGACAGGAUAUUGUAAUGAAGGAUGUAUUGGUGGAUGGCAGGGUGCUAUGUGUUUACAAGUUGCAGAGAAAACUAUUGAUACUGAUUGUCUCGCAAGAUUUAAUGGUGUUCUUGCCUCUCUCUGUGUUUGUCUAAUAAUAAUCGGCAUUUUAAUUGCCUACAUCUGUAUCUAUAGAUGGAAUCUGAAAGGAAAAAUAAGGAAAUCGAUGUAUAAAGAAGAUAAAGAGACAAAGUCAACAUCAUUUAACAUGGGAAUUAGCUCUAAUAAAAUUGAUGAAGACGACAAGAACAGAUAUCAGGAGCUGGGGGGAACUGGCGCUACCAUCAGAUUAUGAUCGGAUCUGAACGUUCACAUCUUAUAUUCAUAUUGGCCAAAGUUAUAGCGAGCGCAGCGAGGCGCCGCGAAGUUGACCGAAUAUGUCUCGCAGUAAUAAACAGAUUCAUUUUUAUAUAAUUUAAUUUUCAACAUCAAAGUUUAAA